UGAACGGCCACUCUGAUUUGACUUUGCCAUUUGUUACCUAUCCUACAGAAUCAAUGAAUUCACGAUGUGCGGCACUAAUCUCUGCACUGCGCCACCAUUCGUGACAAUCUUCACUGAUCUUCACCCUGUUCCCAACAUGGAAAUACAUCAUAGAAGUACAAUACGGCAGUUCUACCGUAUAUUGAUGUAAUAGAAAAACAGAAAAUGAAGAUCAGCGUUGAUGGGUUAAUUGUUUACUUUCCCUACGAUUAUAUCUACCCUGAGCAAUAUGCGUACAUGCUGGAGCUCAAGCGAGGCCUCGAUGCUAGGGGUCAUUGCCUCUUGGAGAUGCCUUCAGGUACUGGUAAAACGGUUACUUUGUUAUCGUUGAUCGUCGCUUACAUGUUAGAACAUCCAUUGGAGGUCACUAAGCUGAUUUAUUGUUCUCGUACUGUUCCGGAAAUUGAAAAAGUUAUAGAAGAGUUGAAAAAUUUGAUGGAAUAUUAUGAAAAAGAAGAUAAUGUCAAGCCAAAAAUCGUUGGCUUAGUUCUAAGUUCCAGGAAAAAUCUCUGUAUUCAUCCUGAGGUAAGCAAAGAACGGGAAGGUAAAAUAGUGGAUGGCAGAUGUCAUUCGCUGACAGCUUCCUACAUCAGGGAACGACACAACUACGAUGAUUCUACGCCAGUUUGUAACUUUUAUGAAGGAUUUGAUAUGGAAGGACGUGAGCAAGUUGUACCAGCUGGGAUCUAUUCACUUGACGAUCUUAAAGAGUAUGGCAGGGAUAGAAAUUGGUGUCCAUAUUUCCUAGCAAGGUUCACGAUAUUGCACGCUCACAUUGUCGUUUACAGUUACCACUACUUACUUGAUCCAAAAAUUGCUGAAUCAGUUUCAAAAGAAUUGAAUAAGAGCUCUGUCGUGGUAUUUGAUGAGGCGCACAAUAUCGAUAAUGUAUGUAUAGACUCUAUGAGCGUCAAAAUAAACAAACGGAUUGUAGAGAAAAGUUCUUCGAAUAUACAAAUUCUAGAGAAAACCGUUGCUGAAAUGAGAGAAGACGACGUGAACAAAUUAAAAGAAGAAUAUAAUCGUCUAGUUGAGGGACUUAAAGAUGCUCAAGUUGCAAGAGAAACCGAUGUUAUUUUAUCAAAUCCCAUUUUGCCCGAUGAAGUACUUCAAGAGGUUGUUCCAGGAAAUAUAAGAAACGCUGAGCAUUUUGUAGGCUUUUUAAAACGGUUCGUUGAAUACUUAAAGACCAGGCUUCGGGUGCAGCAUGUGAUGCAAGAGUCUCCGGCAGGAUUCCUACGUGAUAUUCAAUCAAAAGUUUGUAUUGAGAGAAAACCUCUCAGAUUCUGUGCUGAGAGAUUAUCGUCGUUGUUACGAACUAUGGAAAUAAGCGACGUUGCAGACUUUUCCCCUCUGAUUCUGGUCACACAUCUUGCCACUCUGGUUUCUACCUAUACGAAAGGCUUCACCAUCAUAGUGGAGCCAUUCGAUGACAAAGCUCCAACCGUUUUAAAUCCUGUGCUACAUUUUACCUGCCUCGAUUCUUCCAUUGCCAUGAAACCAAUAUUUGAUAGAUUUCAGUCAGUCGUUAUUACAUCAGGGACGUUAUCGCCCCUGGAUAUGUAUCCAAAAAUUCUGGACUUCCAUCCUGUAAUCAUGUCAUCGUUCACCAUGACUUUGGCAAGGCCAUGUUUAUUACCAAUGAUUGUCGCUAAAGGUAACGACCAGGUGGCGAUAUCAUCGAAAUUCGAAACUCGAGAAGAUGUAGCUGUAAUCAGAAAUUACGGGCAAUUGUUAGUGGAAUUUUCAGCUGCGGUGCCGGAUGGUCUUGUUUGUUUCUUCACGUCCUAUUCAUACAUGGAGUCAGUUGUCGCUGCUUGGUACGAUCAAGGCGUAGUGGACCAAUUACAGAGGCAUAAAUUACUGUUCAUUGAAACACAAGAUUCAGCUGAAACAAGUUUAGCACUAAUCAAUUACAUCAAAGCUUGCGAAAAUGGCCGAGGAGCGGUUUUACUUUCAGUAGCAAGAGGCAAGGUAUCGGAGGGUGUGGAUUUCGACCAUCACCUGGGAAGAGCCGUUCUUAUGUUCGGUAUACCCUAUGUUUAUACACAGUCGCGAAUUUUAAAGGCCAGAUUAGAGUACCUUCGAGAUCAAUUUCAGAUAAGGGAAAACGAUUUUCUAACAUUCGACGCAAUGCGACAUGCCGCACAGUGUGUUGGCCGUGCCAUUAGAGGAAAAACCGACUAUGGUAUAAUGGUGUUUGCAGAUAAGCGAUUCUCAAGGGCAGACAAAAGAAGUAAACUGCCAAAAUGGAUUCAGGAACAUCUUUCAGACAACCUUUGUAAUUUAUCUACAGAAGAAGCUAUACAGAUAAGCAAAAGAUGGCUACGGCAGAUGGCUCAACCGUUCACAAGAGAAGAUCAACUAGGAUUGUCACUUCUUACAAGGGAGCAGCUAGAGAAGGAAGAAGCAGGUAAAUUUGAGAAACAGGCACAACAGCUCUAGAAUGUCUUACGGUCUACAAUUCUUCCGGAUAUCAGUUGAAGGUCAUAUAGAAGUAAGAACAAAUUUAUUCAUAACUUCUUACCCUUUCAAUAAUGAUUCCACAACUCAUCGGUAGAUGCAUGGUUUUUGUUGAAACUUGUGAUUUUACCUCUUUUUUUUUUCACUACGUGUACGAUGAGCGGAGAGUGACUGAUGAAAAUAAGAGACUCAAUUAAGAACGGUUGUCAUUUUAUUUUUCCACAAUUAUGGGCUCCAAUAACAAUUAUUGGAUUUUGUGAAUUGAUGUUUGGGGUAUUUGGGUCAAUGUCACGUAAAAUUUGACCCAUAAUUUCAUUGUAAUGUAUUUUAUUUUAAAAAAGGUGUUCUCUCUAACAAUUUACAGUUUUAGUGUACAGAAAGUAGAGCUCAUCAAAUAAGUUUAAAGACUGCACAAUUAUUUUGAAGCAAUUUUAGUAGCGCCGAUGUGAUUUGAGUCUACGCAAUUUGCAUUAAAUAUGUAAAAUAAAAAUAACACAGGUUCUUAAUGACGAGUCUUUUAAAAUAAUUAUAUAAUAGCGGAUAAAAUUUCAAUCGCCGUAUUUAUUUUGAUAUGCAGCAGAUGUUCCAACGUUUUACGCUGCUCACAUUAUUUGCUGUCAAUUUUGCCCUACAUAUUUUUAUUAAAUCACAAUCAAGUUAAAGCCAUUAAUGAAAAGCAUAUAAAAGAAGUUCAUCUAAGAUCGCAGUUAUGAGAAUUUGAUAAUUUAAUUAGUGCGAUAAGAUGCUGGAAUUUUCACACUAUACAUAUAAA